AACUGUCAGCUGACGGAAGCUCGGAUAUGAUGUAGAAAAUAUUCAGACUUAUCGGAAGUUACAACCGUGUAGCAGAAAUUCCGUGGACAGCGUUAUACUAUAAGAGUUUAGAUUUUAAACUUGUUACAGUUUGCCCUAUUUCCCCUAAUGGCUUAUCCAGGAUACGGUGGGUAUGGGGGUCCCAUGCCAGGAAUGCAAGCUCAGGGGAUGCCUAUGCAAGGAAUGCCAGGAGGGCACAUGGGAGGCGCCAUGCCUGGGCAAAUGGGAGGGCAGAUGGGAGGCGCACCACCCCAGGGAGGAUAUGCCUCCUAUGGAGGAGGCUAUCCAGGCACAUACGGUGCCCCACCCCCAGCUGCCAAUGAUCCAAUGUGGAGUUACUUUACAGCCAUAGCAGGCCAGGACGGUGAGGUCGAUGCAGAGGAGCUCCAGAGGUGUCUGACCCAGUCUGGUUUCACUGGCAGCUACACUCCAUUCAGCCUGGAUACGUGCAGGAUCAUGAUUGCAAUGCUUGAUAGGGACUCUACGGGCAAGAUGGGUUUUAACGAGUUCAAGGAGCUGUUCACAGCUCUGAGCGGCUGGAAGCAGAACUUCAUGAUGUUCGACCAGGACAGGAGCGGGACUAUCGAGCCUCACGAGAUGAAUCAGGCAGUCAACACUAUGGGGUACCGUGUCAGUCCUCAAGUUCUGAACAUAAUCAUCAAACGCUACAACAAAGGAGGAAGAAUCUUCUUUGAUGACUACGUGGCAUGCUGCGUCAAACUGCGAGCUCUCACAGAUACCUUCAGACGGAGAGAUACCAUGCAGCAGGGAUCGGUCAACUUUCAGUACGAUGACUUUAUCCUGUGCACAAUGGCCAUCUGAGGUCUGCUGUCUCACACCACCGGGUCAGUGCGCCUAACAAACCAAACAGUGGUGGAGUCGGGACCAUUGCCUCAUGAGAAUGCACAGGGAGGCCAGUAUAUUUGACUGAGCGGCCAUGAGCUGCAACAGGAAAGUGCUCAUUGCUUGUAAUGCUUGCUGUCGUGCUUUCGUCUUCGUGUGUCACACAGGGAUGUGCUGAAGAUGUAUCUGGUGUACACACACACAUAUAUAUACAGUAUGUAUCCACGUUAGAGGGUUAUAUAAUACAUUUCAGUGUCUAUAAAGCCCUUAUGUGUAGUAUUUUGGGCUUUCAAAAUAAAGGUUGCAGAUAAUGCUGCACAUCAGUUUCAGAAUUUUAAAAAAUACUGUCAACACUUAAAAUUAAAAUUCACAUAGAGGCUGUAAAGUGUGAAGGAAUUAAUCAAUCAGAUAUGUCUUAUAGUUUGAAUACUAUGCUUUUGGGGUCUCUUAUUUUGGAAUGAGCUAAGCCAGGUCAAAGGGAACGGAUACUUGUAAGGAUGUUCUUAUCUGUGAGAAGCCUAUUGUGCCAUUAUAAUCCUUGAAUGUAUGGUCUAAUAUAUUAAACCCAUUUAUAUAGUACUUCAUACUAUUUGCAGCAUCUUGAUUAAUUUAAUGUUAGCAGCAUUUACAGAUACCAUGUUGAUUUGCUUUUACACUGAACUUCACACAUUUAUGCAUUUUCUCAUUAUUUGUUGUAAUAUUUCUUUUUAUAAAACCUUAAGUAAUAGAAGCAUAUUAGCUUGAUGUUUAACUCGAUAACAAGCCAAAGUGACUGUGAGCCAAUAUAAAUCCACUUCAAUUCCUGUGAUUAACGAUUGUGAGAUAUAAAAGUAUGGUCAUAUAACUAAAGUAUGUCCCAAUGCCGGAGAUUUUGCAGCUGUGAACUCUGUUUUCCAUGUUUUAGUACAAACACAGCCCAGUUUUCAUUUGUAAAGACUGCUUUGAAGUCAACCUCUACACACAACCAAUGCAGUAAAGAUCGUAUUUUGUUACUAACAAUAAACACUUUCUAAUCAGU